AUGAGUGAUCCAGAACCGUGCAGAAUGAAACACACUGACGAUACAGAAGAACAAAGAGACCUGAUGGAAGUGGAGGAGAGUGAACUGAGUGAAGUGGAGGAGGAACAUCAUGAAAAAUCUGUAGAAAAACCUUUGAGUCGCUCGAAGACAUUUUUAAAGAAAACAAGAGCCAAGAAAUCUACAACCUGCACUCAGUGUGGAAAGAGUUUCUCAACAAAGCAAACUCUUGACAUUCACAUGAGGAUCCACACCGGAGAGAAGCCGUUCACAUGUGAUCAGUGUGGGAUGAGUUUCACACAAUCAUCACACCUUAAAGAACACACGAGACUUCACACUGGAGAGAAGCCGUUCACAUGCGAUCAAUGUGGAAAAACAUUUAUUAAGUCGUCAAAUCUGAAGACACACCAGGUAGUUCAUACGAAGGAGAAACCACAUUCAUGUUCUGUGUGUGGAAGGAGUUUUUCACUGCGGCAGAGUUUAAAAGAUCAUCAGAAAAUGCACACUGGUGUGAGAGAGUUCAUGUGCUUUGAGUGUGAAAAGACUUUUACUUCAGGGAAACAUUUAAAACAGCACCAGAGAAUUCACACUGGAGAGAAAUCUUACAAGUGUUCAUACUGUGGCAAGAGAUUCAGGCAGCCGGCAGAUCUGAAAACACAUGAGAGGAUCCACACUGGAGAAAAACCUUACAAGUGUCCACACUGUGACAAGAGAUUCAGGCAGUCAGCAGAUCUGAAAACACACGAGAGGUUUCACAGCAGAGAGAAGCCGCACACAUGUGAUCAGUGUGGAAAGAGUUUCACUAUUAAACGCUACCUGAAGAUACACAUGAAGAUCCAUGCAGUGAAACCACAUCACCGCAGUCUGAAAUAAGUAGUUCAUUUGUAUUUUUAAUAUGUAUCUGUAAUUCUCUAUUAUGCCAGACAAGUAAUUUGGCAAUGUCUGCACACAUACACAUUCAAAUGCACAUACCUAUAGACUAAACACGCAAAUGAACGACAAGAACGCAUAAAAUAUCUUCUGUUUUCAGUUAAAAGGUGUCAUUUAAGCAGCCUCUAUUAAUAAUUAGCGAUGUUUACAACGGAAGUGAUUCAAUCAAAAACUUAAUUUAGCUCAAUAAUAAUUUUUUUUUUUUUUUUUUUUUUUUCCUGGAGCUGCUGUAAAGCCAAAAUAAUCCCUGUCCAUUAAUGGUCCUAUUAUCACUGUGAAGCUGCUUUGAAAAAAAUCUGUAUUGGAAAAAGCGCUAUAUAUGUAAAUGAAGAUGACUUGACUUGUUUUAUUACAUCCUGGGGCUGUAAUGCAGGGGCGGAGCCAGGGGGUGGCAGAAUGGGAAGUUCCUGGGAAGUUCGUAUAUACGAGGUGGGAAGUCGUGUCACGUGUGUACAACAGUAGGUGCGUUCAAGUCACUUUCGUCGGAGUAAGAUGGCGGUGUGCCUUCUCUAAAUUAAUUACACAAAAUAACAACACUUCUGCUUCUAGAAAAUGUAGAGCAAAGAAUGUGCAUUAGUUGUAUGUUGCUUUUUUUUAUGUUUUUAAUUAAUUUAUGAAGCCAUUGUAAAAUUUAUUGUUACAUAUUACAUUUUUAUAUUGUGAUGCUAUCGUAUUUUUGCUUGGAAUCAGCUUACUUCGUUGUAAAUAGAAAAGCCUGACAAUGUCACUGCUAAAUACCUGCAACUAUAGACCCUUUUCACAAUGACGUCAGUUAACUUCCGCCUAUCCGCAAAGCAGUGUAUCAGUUGUUCCGUCUUACCUUCGCUCCGGCGACUUCUCGGGAAAAUGCUUUAAUAACUUUAAAUGCGAACGGUUUAUGUCAAGGAUUUACACAGUCGGCUUCUUCUGGUAAUGAUAUUUAUUAUUUCCUUUCUCUAACUGCCUUGGUUAGAGUUUCCACGAGCAGAAACUUUAGCAAUGUUGUCAUUGAAUUGAGUUUUAUCACAACGAUUGUGUGUCCACACAAAUCUGUUAGCCUAUUUGGAAUAACAAGAAUAUUGUCUUAAAAAAAAUCUUUAUUUUUAGAAAUUGGUAGGCUAUAUGAUAAUGGAUAUUGUUCUUGUGAGAUUUAUUUACAAAUAAUGGACAUCUGGAAGUAACACGUCCACAUAUAAUACUCCGAAGAAUUAAUGGUGUUAAGAUUUUAGAUAAUUUUACAUCAUACCAGUUUAAACUGAACUGCUGCAAUAUAUUAAGAUUGUAUAAUUUGUAAGAAGUGUAUUGAAAAUACAAAACGGAAGUAGCCUAUGUGUUCAUUUAAUGUUAUUCCCUGGAGAAAAAAAUUGAUUUUGUUCAUUUGCUGCUAUAACAAUGAGUACUGUUGUAAAUCCUCUAUAUAUAUUUUUGUAUGCGACGAUCUUGUUCUGCAAUAAAGAGACGAAUGACAAUGUUUUUUUUUUACUAUGGUAAAAAUGCCAUGUACAUGAGUCAGUUUUUACAACAUUAACAGUCUUCAUGUAGAAAUAGUAUUAUAUUAAACACAAUUUGUAUUAUUAUGUAUGCCAUAUUUAUCGAAAUAUAAGUAUAAAAAUAGACUUUGAUAUUUAAAAAAAAUAAGCUUAUGUUGAUCUUCAUUGUACAUAGGCCUGUAGUAGGCACUGAAAUAAGUAAGUUAGUGCAUUAAGGUUUGAAUUAAUAGUUUUUUACUGCACGUAAAUGUUGGAAACAUGCGUUUAUUUCACAAAUAAACAGCUUCAUCUGCAAUAAAGACAGCAAAGUGUAUGUAUGGCUUCAGUACGUAUUCAACUCCUCCGACUUUAAGCAGCAAAUCGCGCCGAUCGGUAAGUUUUUUUUAGAUCUGCGGCUGCCAAAUAUACCUCACCUUGAAUUUACAUGAAAUUGGGCGACUACAGUCAUCCUUUAACCACAUUUGUGGCAUAUGUACAAAUAUUGACUGCACUUCAUUUGAGUCGCGCUAGUAUUCCACUAUGCUGACGGAAGUGAGGAUACACUGCUUCGAGUCCUAACGGAAGCUGUGUGACGUCAUGUGAAAAAGGGUCUAUUGUGGUAUUUCGCUGUGUUUCUGACUGACACGCCCCCAACUCGUAUAGAUCGGAGCUUAAGGAAAAUUACGAGCUUCCCACUGGUAUUUACGACAUUGUGGUGGCGUUCAUGUCGGUUCUGCUGGUAAAUACGAUCUUUCCGACAUGACUUGAACGCACCAUCUGUCUACUUUUUUGUUGACAAGAAUUGCGUUUAUUCAAACUCAGAACCGUCUCUUUAAAGGCCUUUGCACACUGAGUCCGAAAUUUUCGCAUGCGUUUUUUCGUAUUCGCAAUCCUAAAAAUUCGUCACGCACAGAGACCUUGCACACUGAGUCCGAUGCGUAAAAAUUAAUGCGUUGCGAAAAAAUCGCAAAACAAUACAAAAUGAAGUCUUCAAGCAGUGAGCACGAUUGUCGUCUCUCUUCUUAAAAAGAGAAAAAGAAAGAGGAAAUAUUGGGUCCAUUCAAUCCCGAGAUAUAUU